AUGAAGUUUGCUAAAGUGCUGGGUAUACGGUCUGUUCUCGUUAAUGGAGGAUCACAAACCAACAAACAGAUCAAUGACUUAAAUAAUGGAGCCGAGAUUUUUAUUUGUACUACGGGUAGGAUGAUCGACUUUCUAUGUAAAAAUAAUGGGAGAAUGAUAGACCUUCAUAAGGUUACUUAUCUUUUUUCAGAUGAGGCUGAUAGAAUGUUGGACAUGGGUUUUGAACCUCAAAUAACUCACAUUGUUCAAAGUACACGACCUGAUCGUCAGACUGUGCUCUUCUCUGCCACAUUUCCGCGUACAGUUGAGCAACUGACACUCCAGAUACUGACUAAGCCUGUCGAGAUACAGGUAAGAGGAAGGAACGUAGUGAACAAGGAUAUAAGCCAGUUGGUUGAGGUGAGACCAGAGAGUGAAUGGUUGCUAAGGUUAUUGGAUCUCCUUGGAAAAUGGUACGAGAAGGGUAAGAUUUUGAUUUUUGUUCAGUCGCAAGCUACAUGUGAUUCUUUGUUAAAGAAUCUAUUAAGCCAUGGAUAUACUUGCCUCUCACUUCAUGGAGCCAAGGACCAGAUGGAUCGUGAGUCGGCAAUUUCAGAUUUCAGGAAUGAUGUCAGUAAGAUAUUGAUUGCCACAAGCGUUGCUGCUAGGGGAUUAGAUGUGAAGGAGCUUGAACUGGUCAUCAACUUCCAUGUCUCAAACCACUAUGAAAACUACAUCCAUCGUGUUGGUAGGACAGGCAGAGCUGGAAGGAAAGAAUCAUGA